CGGAUCGCGUGUCAAAUCGCCAAACUGCUGAAAUCACGUGACUUUGGCGCUCCGAGCCGCUGAUUCGACACGCUGAUUCAUAAUGCUCCGAAGCUUCGUGACGCAGUGUUUUGAAAUCGGCCAUCACUAUAUAAGUCGUUAUUUUUAUUUUUUUGGCGCACCAAAAAUAUUCUCGUCGCUUUAUAAUAUUAAUGUUGACCCACUGUACUCACAUGAACUGAUUUAAAUAUGUUUCGAGUACAUUAAUGGAUCUUGGGAGAGGAAAUGUCAUUGCUGGCUAUGGAGGCCUCACUGAGCCAUCGGAUUUCAACAAAAAUAUCUUAAUUUGUGUUCCGAAGAAUAACGAAGGUCUUACGGGUGUAGAACGGCAUAAGGGUGAGUAAUAAAUGACAUUAUUUUCAAUUUUGGGUGAACUAACCCUUUAACAGACAGUGUGGAUCCUCGCGCGUUGUUUGGUGUGCGGCUGGUUGCAGGCAGUGACGGCUCGCUCUCUCUCUCUCUCUCUCUCUCUCUCUCUCUCUCUCUCUCUCUCUCUCUCUCUCUCUUUUUCCGCGCUUCAGUCUGAAUGACCACGAUCCUAGUCCUGCCACGGGCUUGCGUUCUUGAGGAAUUCGUCAUCAAUGAAAGUGAAAGAAGACUAAAUAGGAGAGGAGAAACGCAAGAAUGCCGGCAGGUCAGAGAAGACAGACGAUUUCUUAAUGGAUAACAUCAAAGGCAGAAGAACAUCAAAGACAGAAUGAUGUUUUUGGUAGAAUAUGGGAAGUUGUGUGUGGAGUGAUGAAUCACAAUGAAACAAGAGUUGUAUGGUGAUGCUUCAGAGUGUCUUCGAAAAUCUGCGGGCGGCACUCAAGUCGGAGAGCAGGCACUGAUUGACAGCUGACUGUGGAUAAGCUACUGACAAUUCACUCUGCAGUCCUGCACGCUGAAGGAGCUCUCAGAUACAAUUUCCAUGAAUAAAAUCCUGCGCCAGAAACUAGGAACAGGAAAUGCUAUGGAUAUCCUCAGCGCAGUAGAUUUCUCCUUCACAUAGCAUUUUGAGUGGAUCACUUCAUCAUUUUUGAACUUCCUAACUCUUCUUCACAUACGUGGCCAUCAGCGGCCAUAAGUGGAAAGAGCUCUGACUGAUACAGGGGACAGGAAACGGCAUCAGAGAAUGGGGGCACCUGGCGGACCAAUUCUGGGUGGGUUUAGCUCUACGACAUCCUCCCUAGACCUCAUUGGCUGGAUGGUCUGGCCUGGCAAUACCACCGUGAGCCUAAACCAGAGCUUUUUCGGGACUGAUUACAGUGUCAAUCUCCCCUCCUCAUCUUCAUCUUCUCCUCAUGGGGUCGAAAGGGAGGUGAUGAAGGAAAAGAACUGGCCAGCCCUGCUGAUUCUUGUGAUUAUCUUUCUGACAAUAGGAGGGAAUAUUUUGGUUAUUCUAGCUGUGUCACUGGAGAAGAAGCUGCAAAAUGCAACUAACUUCUUCCUGCGCUCCCUUGCAGUGGCGGACAUGCUGGUCGGCAUCUUGGUCAUGCCCAUCUCGCUCAUUAACAUCCUGUAUGAUUAUGCCUGGCCAUUGCCCAGCGCCCUCUGUCCUAUUUGGAUAUAUCUGGAUGUGCUUUUCUCCACUGCUUCCAUCAUGCACCUGUGUGCCAUUUCCCUCGACCGCUACGUGGCCAUACGCAAUCCGAUUGAGCACAGUCGGUUCAACUCCCGCACCAAGGCCAUGCUGAAGAUCGCUGCAGUUUGGACCAUUUCAAUAGGUAUCUCAAUGCCUAUCCCAGUGAUCGGACUGCGUAACAGAGAAAAGGUCUUAAUAGAUGGCAACUGUGCUCUGAACGAGGAACGUUUCAUACUUGUUGGCUCUUUUGUUGCCUUCUUCAUUCCUCUGGUCAUCAUGGUGGUCACUUAUUGUCUCACUGUCCAAGCACUUCAGCGUCAGGCCACAGUCUUCCUCUACGAGGGCAAAGCCUCUUCUCAGCAGCCAUUGCAGCCUCAAGCUCAACCUACUUCCCAGUUGGCCCCGCCAUCGGCUCCAUCACGUCGUAGCAGUCUGAACUGUCUACGGAUCAGCAACAGCGAUGGAAACACGCUCAGUCUGACUGUGCCCCCUGACACCAUCUCAAUAAUCCCAAGUUCAGAAGUGCCAUCUCAAAUGAAUUCGCCCGCUGGACGGGACCCGGGUGGAGCCCACGGGCGGCGGGGCAUGAUGCAGGCCAUUAAGAAUGAGCGGCGAGCAUCCAAAGUGUUGGGUGUAGUCUUCUUCCUCUUUCUUUUCAUGUGGUGUCCCUUUUUCAUUACUAACGUUCUGUAUGUCCUCUGCCGUGGAGCCUGUGAUGAGCCUCUGCUCACAGAACUGCUCAAUGUGUUCGUUUGGGUGGGCUACAUCUCAUCAGGGGUCAACCCUUUAGUGUACACUUUGUUUAACAAGACCUACCGAAGGGCAUUUUCAAGCUACUUGCACUGCCAGUAUGGACGGGUAGGACUUAAACCCAUCGCUUUACACGCUCCUUGUCCAUCCCAUGCUGUGGUCACACCCAUCCUGAUCUGCGAAAAAGUUUCCAUUGACCGGAACAGUAACUGCCGCAAUGGGGACGGAAAUGGAAUCCGAAAUCUAGAGCUCCAUGACAUGGACACUGACCCCGGACUGGAGCUGAAACCGGGAAUAUCAGAGCUCUCCAUCAGCAGUGGUCACAAUCACACAGAACACACCAGCAGUGUCUGAAAAAUAUCUUUUAGUUUGACGUGGAAAACAGGACAGGGUGUGACCGAGCUCCAAGUGAUGUUUAGAUCUUGAGGAGAUGUCACACAAGAACUCGUAACUCUCAUCGACUCAGCUGUAUCACAGCAUAGAAUGUAUGCUGAGUUAGCUACAGAAACAAUCUGACCAAGAUCAAAAAAGGGAGAUGGAAUGUAACGUGUGUGUGUGUGUGUGUGUGUGUGUGUGUGUGUGUGUGUGUGUGUGUGUGUGUGACAGAGAGAGAGAGAGAGAGAGAGAUUGUUUGUGUUAACAGGUUCAGAUGUUUGAAUGCCAUUAAGUACUGCAUGAGCACCCAGUCUUACUAAAGCAGCAUUGGCCAGCAGUUCAUGCAAGAUAGAGUCAUAGCAUCCUCUUGUGGUCAGUUGAAAAAUUACAGAAAGACCUAGUGUGAACCCAAAAAAGUUACUGUGUCAUCCAAGCUAUGCUGUCUAAAUACACUUGCAAGUCAGAUCAUUGUUUGUGUAACUUGUAAACACCUCCAGUAUGAUAUGCUGAAUCCUUUGAGUGGCAGUAAAAUGAUAAUACAGUUGGGGGUCACAUCUUAUUUCCUGGCCUAACAAUGUAGAGGAAAUGACUGUAAACCACUUCUCACAGUGACCUAGAAAGCCAGACCUAACAGAAAAAUGGGGUGAAAGUCAUAUGCCAAAUUUACACUGUAAAGGUGGCACAGAAGCGCUUCUGAAGUGGUAAUUAGGUGUCUCUACACAGACUGUUUAAUGCUGCUCAGAGGUGCAGUAAAUGCAUUUGCACAGCAAUUUUAAUAAGUAUACAUUUAUACUAGGGGUUAAGGUGGGUCAGAGCAGGCAUAAUUUAGCCUGACUUUUUUUCAGCAUUAUGUCUUUAGACAGAAUUUUGAGCAGGCACUGAGCAGCCUUAAGUCAGUUUUGUAAAGAUGCCUAUACUUAACAUAAAGCUUUAAUCAAAAAUUUCAUUUUUAAUGCUAAGAUUUAAUGCAGUUUGAGCUUUAGUCCAGUCCAAACUGCUUCUCAAGGAUUUUUUCAAAAGAUAGUGAAGUAAUUAGCCUCCAGCUCUGGGGAACACGAUUUCCUGUGAAUGUAAGAUUAGUUGUGAGCUGCUUCAUCAGGUGGUCAUGGCCGAAUGAGAGAAGAAGCAAAAUUGCACAACAGACAAGAGUACUAAAACAAUUUACUUAUUAUGGAUGGACAGUCCAUGGCAACAGAUGUUGGUCAGUAAGACCAAAAAUGCUCAUUUGAGGAUGUCUAUGAAUAAUGUAUAAAGCUGUAAAUUCUUGCUGUUUUCCUGUGUAGAACCUUAGAAUUUCUCCUGUAUCACCUGCCCUUGUUCAGACUCUACUUUUUAUACCAUAGCCUGUGAAAGUUUUACCAGACCCCCCCCCCCCCCCUUUUUUUUUUUUGUUAUAAAAACCCCAUCAUCCUCACAAUGUUAUCAUUUUGUGAAGCUGCUAUUUAUUUAAUAAAAGACAAUUAUCAUUC